AUGUAUGAAGAAUGUGAUGAACACUUACUGCUAUUACCAUCUAUCAACGAUAAUGAACAAGAAUCGGAUAGUUCAGCAGAAAGUGAUCAAUUGGAAAUCGUUUCUGAUGCAGAAGAUAGUGAAAAUUUACUUGUUCGAUUAAAUAAUUAUUUAAAUUUGGAUUCUGCUGACGAUACUGGACUUAGCUCUGAUGAAGAUCACGAUCAAAAUAGAAAGAAGAAAUUCAUUGAUGAAAAUGAAGAUGAAAAAGAUGACGAUUCUGAUAGUCCAAUAGUUUCUAAUAUAACUUGUUCAAUAACACCACAUGCAAAUCCAAUUGCGGAUGCCGUCCAAUCGCAACAACCAUCAUCAAAAACCAUUGGCGAGUCUGGCAGUAGCAAACGAAAACGUAGGCAAUGGUCCAUCAAAGAAAAAUUAUCUGCAUUAAAUGUUCUUGGAAAAAAUUUAGGCAACAAACAGCUUACUGCUCAUCAAUGUGGUUGUUCACGAUAUCAAUUGUCACAAUGGGCUAAAUCGAAGGCGGAGCUUGAAAUAAUGUCCAAAGCCAAGCAUAGUAAAAAACGCAAACGUUUAAGUGGUGGCGGUUCAAAAAUAAAAUAUAUUGACCUCGAUUAUCAAUUAUUAUUAUGGUUUCGUGAAAAGAGCACAUUUAUCGAUCUUCAAUCCAUUGCUACAACUGUUACAACAACGACGACGACAAUACGACGUGAAAAAGUAACAUUUCGUCAAUUACAACGUCAAGGCAGGUUGUUAAGUGUUCAAUUACAACAUGAUUAUCCAAGUACAAAAUGGUUUGCGAGGUUCAUGCGUCAUCAUCGUUUAUCUCUUCAAAAACCGAAGAGAAACCAAAAAAUUCCAUUAUCCGAUGUAUAUCCACUUGUUAACAAAUUCUAUGACUAUAUUCGUCGAGCAAGUCUAUGGGCGCCGAGUCGCGGUCCCAUGGGAGCAUUUCUCGUUCAAGAUGUAUGUAAUAUGGACGAAAGUCCAUUAAAUUUAUUUGGUGAUCAAUCGAAAUUAUCUAUAAAUGAUAUCAACACGUCCAAUGAUAUUGAAGGCUGUAUUAGCAAUAAGCGAUUUGCUACAGUUAUAUUAACAAUUUUUGGUGAUGAUAAUACACGAGUUGGUCCAGUAUUACUUUUCAAGGGAAAAUGGCAGGUGCGGGACCUUGGGAAAAGUCAAUAUGCUAAAGAUGUUAAAGUAUAUUUUACUCCGAAAGCAGUCAACAAUCGGAUUACAAUGGAUAAGAUUUUGUGUACACGACUUACGUUGGCUGCAUGGAAAAGAACACUUGCUUCUAUCGAUUUUAAGAAAAGUUUUCGUCAAAUUGGUUACACAUGGACCGAUAAUAUUACACCAGUAAAACCUCAUACUCUUCCUGGAUAUAUUUACGAUCCGACUGAUCGUAAUUUAACUAAUUCAAAUAUGGAAAACGACAUAAUUAUCGAAGAAACUAAUGAAAAUGAAACGAACCUUAUCAUUACAAAUAAAAUUGCUAAUAAACAAUUAAAAUUGAGUGACUUUUGGAAACAAUGGCUUCCUGUAAAAUAUAGGGAAGAUCAAACAAAUUUUUUUGGAAAGCGAGGAAUAACUUGGCACAUCACUGUCGUUUCACGCAGGAAAGAACAAGAAUUGAGCAAUAUUACUCAGAUUAAUUAUGAUCAUGAAGAUGAAAUUUAUGCUCAAGGUCAUAAACAAGCUCUUGUUGAUGAAGAUAAUGACGAAGAGAGUGAAAAUGACUGUGAAUAUGAAACAAAUUUGAACAAUUUCGAACAUACAGUAUUUGUCCAUGUGAUCGAUCAAUGCUCACAGGACAGUAAACUUGUCGUCGCAAUAAUUGAUGAUAUAUUAUCAAGAUUAAAAGUAUAUGAUAAUUCAAUUCAGCAAGCUUGUAUUCGCUGUGAUAACGCGGGCUGUUAUCACAGUGCUUAUACAGUAUUAUCAAUGCCUGCCUUAUCCGAGAAGUGUGGCAUCGCAAUACGAAGAAUGGAUUUUGCUGAUCCUCAAGGUGGUAGAGAUAUAUCUGUUAACGAUGAAUGUACGGAAUCGAUCGAUCAAGCUGCCAACAUAUUUGAAUGUCCAGAAGAGGCUUGCAUAUCCUCGUUUGUGAAAUAUGGAAAUCUACUUAGGCAUCUUGCAAUCGGUAAUCAUCGUCAUAUACCUGAAAAAGUAACUUUAAUGGACACAGCGAAAAAAAUGUUUCAUACAAGAUUAUCAAAUGCUGAUAAUAAAAGAGUUAUUUCAUUAUCUUCAAAUGAUGUUGUAUUAGAUUCGAAUAACUGUGAUCAAGUACCUGAACUCACUGUCGGAUGGGCACUUCCGGUGACGCGUCCUCCUGUUCGUUUUACUAACAAACAAAAGAAAUUUUUAGACGAAAAGUUCAACGAUGGAAUUUUACAUGGUCGUUUCUGGAAACCAGAAACAGUUGUUAGUGAAAUGCAAAAUGCUAAAUCAUCUCAAGGGAAAUUUAUAUUCGAUAUCAAAGAAUGGUUAACAACCAGCCAAGUACGUGGUUACUUCAGUCGUAUUCGAUCAAUCAUUACCCAAAAGAAUGCUCAAUUUUCAUCUUCUACUUCGUCGAGUAAUUCAGUUUGUGCAGAAAGUGAACAAGAAGAAGGACAAGACUUGGACGAAGAUGCUAGCGCUGAAGAAUCUCUCAAAGAUGAUGUAGCAGUCAACGAAGCCAUCGAGCGAAUUACAUUUAUAACAGAAACAAACCAAAUGGUAGAAAGAGCAAGUAAAGAAAAACGACCAUUAUCAUCAAUACAAAAUGAACAAAAAACACAAAAACGUUCAACUAGUACACAAAGCCAAAAAUAUUCAUAG